AUGACAACCGAUGAGCUGAACUUCAGGGAAUUGGCAUUUAGACAGACUUCGUCUCGCCGCCCCCCGCUCCCUCCAGAGCCCCGCGAGCCACCUCCACAGCCUCGCGUCCUCCCGGGGCUCGCAGUGGCCCUAGCGAGCUCCUACUCGGGUGGAAGCGGGCCGCGUAGCCGCGUCCGCGCCGCGCUGCGGGACCCGGAGCCCCCCUCGUGCGCCCCCUGCGGUCGGGGCAGACCUUGGGCGGGCGACCCCCCUUCCCCCAUGCCCGCAGACCCGGCCCAGGCCGCCGCGCCGCAACACCCCCCCCCCCGCCCCGUCACCGCCGCACGGGGCCCGUCAGUGAACAAACUCCGCGCUCAGUCCUCUGAGAAGCGGGCGGGGGCGGGACGGCUACCUGCCCGCACGCCCGAGUCCCGGGAGGAGCGCGAGAGAGCCCGCCGCCUCAAGUCCUCGGGUCCCCCCGCCCCCGGCCGGUCCCGACCCGCACACACGGGCACGCGUUUGCACACGCGCGCGCACACGCAGGCACGCACACCCCCCCAGCCCCGGGCCGGCGUGCCCGGCCCACCCCGCCCUCCGCGCCCGCCCGACGGCAGCGGCGGCCGGCAUUCCGGGGCAGCGCGUCGGGGCGGCAACUUCGCGCCCGGGCGCCCGCGCCUCGCAGCCCCGGCGGGCGGGAGACAAAAGCUGCGGCGCCGCCGGAGGCCGCGCGGCCAAGCUCCGGCUCGCCUCGCUUCGCGGGGGCCGAGAGCUCGGGGCCUUGGCUCCAGACACCAGAGGACACCAGCCGGCUGCCGCGCCGCCCCUCCCCCGCCGCCCGGCUCGGCGUGA